CACUCUGGUUUUAUGAGAAAGCGUGCAUGAAUGACUGACUGAAUGGCUGCCUUAAGGGAGUGAACUGAAGGGCAUGAUGGAGGCUCGGAGGUCUUAUUAACAUGGAGGCUGGAAACUCAAGAAAACAAUCAAUUUAGCCAAAAUAAAGACCUAACUUCAACUUCCAAAACCACUGCAAAACUAACUUCCAUCAUGUCUUUACUCCUCACCUCCAUCCUUUUACUCAGUUCAUGGACCGUACCCAGAACUUUGGGGAUAAGCGAUCUGCUUUUCAUUCCCACUGGAAAGAGUAUCAGUAUUGUGGAUCUAAAAGGACACCCACCCCAGACACUUGAACACAAUCGCAUUGAGCUUCCCUCCUUGGUCACAUCCGCCAUUGUCUUGAACGAAUCGGUCUUUUUGGCAUCGGUCUUCGAAAUCGGGAAAUCGGAACUGUUCCUCGUUCACACUGGACAGGAACCAGAGCGGAUACCCCAAGCCUUCGGACGCAUUUUGGAUGUCACUUACGAGCCGUCAUUAAAUGUUGGCUAUGUUUUGGAAGAGUCACAAAUCUUGGAGUUCCGUUUUCAAAGCGGGACGAUCGGAUCUUUUCGGAAGGUGCUUACAUUUCCCGCAGAGGAAUCGGAACUUAAGGCCUUGGCCUUUGAUCCCUGUGUCAAACGCCUUUUUUGGUUGAAUAUGAAGACCAAUGCCAUUGAAUCCAUGAUCGUGGACCAACCCGAAUCUCGCGAGGAAGUGCUUCAGAGUCUGGUCCAACCUAGCAGUUUUAGCCUGGAUGUUCACGAAAAGAGAUUGUUCUGGACCGAGACGGCCAACUAUCAAACUUCCAUGUUCACGUCCUUCUACAAUGGGAGCUUCAAACAGGAGUUCUGUCCCAUUCAAGGCUAUGAUCACAAACCGUUUUCCCUGACCCUCAACCGAGAGGUCUUCUACUUGUCGGAUUGGCGAAACAUGGCCGUGAUGGCCAUUUCGCGAAGCGAUCCAUCUUGUCAAGCCAAAGUGUUAAAGCAUUAUCAAAGUCGUCCCAUGUCUUUGGGAUUGGUCAGAGAUCCCGAGACGCCCUUGAAUUGCGAGCAACAGUUCCAAGGGACCAUGUUCCACCCUUCUCCUAAAUACUCGACCGUGCCCGAUUAUGAAGAGCCGGAAUGUCGGAAUUUCUGCUUAAAUCGGGGCCAAUGUCACCUCACAACUGCCAGGGUUCCUACUUGUCAAUGUGCGGGCGAUUUCACUGGACGACGAUGUGAGAUGGACCCGUGCUUUCAAUACUGCUUAAAUGGCGGAGAAUGUCAAAUCGAUCCAGUGUCAUUCCAACCCCGUUGCAUUUGUCCUGAGGGCAUUCACGAUGCCAGAUGCCAGAAGAAUAUCAAUAUCACAAAUCCUGAAAGGAUGGAAUCCGACCCAUCCGCGUUAGAUUUAUCCGCGACCAACAACGAUGAAGAGAGCAACAGCCUUCUCACCACUUUCAUCGUGAUCUGUGGCAUUCUUCUGCUUGUCAAUCUGGCCUUGAUAAGCGUGAUCGUCCACGUGAUCCGGCGGAAACAUCGGGAAGGUCCGGUACUGCCCAAGGUCGUCUCCAAAAAUCCGGCCAAACACAGAACCUUCUCCGGCCCAAAAUCCGGUGCUAAGAGCGAGAACAACCCCGGAUUUUGCGAUGGAAAAAGCUCCGUCAUGUUGGACUUGGAGGACUGCUGUCAAAUGACCUUAUGUCACCAGCCUUGUGUGGAGGCCACUUUCAGAAAGGCCAACCGCAGGGGAGUGUCCGCUUCCAAAUCAUCCGCCAUUAUGGCCAGCCCAAGCCGAUCCUCAGGCAGUAAUCCAUCCCAACGAGAAGAUGAGCGUGGACUAAUUGAGGAUCAUGAAGGCGCUGAGGACGACGAGCUCUCCGCUGCAGUGGGCGCUCUCCAAGGUCAAGGUAUUUUCGCCUGGUGAAUACUCGAUGAAUGAUAUCCGAGGAGAUAUCACCCUCACCGACCCGGAAACAUGACAGUGGACGAUCCCACCUCAAAUGAAACACGCAUUUUCCUUCGCCAUUGAAUGUUUGAAACAGCUCCAAGUUCCAAAACGCAUCGAUUCAUUCAAUCACCAAAGAGAGACAGUCUAUUUUGAAUCCCGCCCCCAUUGCCGUUCUAGACCAAAGUGUCUUCUUGCUCAUAAAAUCAUUUUUAGACCAAAGUCGAGGAUUUCGAUCAUCCGGAUUGGUCUCCCAGAGAGACUCUGGAGCCAAUGCCGAGAUGCCAUGAACCAAAGUACCUUGUAGUUUAUGCGAAUAUUAGCUCUUCAUAUGAAAAAAAAGUCGGCUUUAGUCUCCUAACUUUAUCAUGAUUUCAAAAAAUCUCUGUGCUGUGCAAAUACCCCCAAAAAUGUGAUAUUUUUGACCGGACUCGGUCCGAUUAGCAGAGUGAAUUAUUGCAAUCGGACGCAGAUCUCAGACAAGUCAAAUAAUACAUGUUGAAAUACAUUCAGAUUAAGGCAUCAAACACGUUUCCAAUCGAUUUCUGCCUCAAAGAAGAUGACUGGAAAAGAAUAUACUGUAUGUACUCUUCAUCUUUAUUUUCCAAUUCAAAAAUAGGUAUCAAUUUCGAUUGAAUUUAAACGCUCCAAUGGUAAUAAACUAGUGAAUGAUACUCGA